CAGGACCAACUCCCUCCGCCUUCCGUCCACUCCCCCGCGAAGUCUCCCACUCCGACUGUGCCAGCUAUUCACAUUAUCGCCAAUCACUACAUUUCGCUCACCUUCGACAUAUCACGCAUAUUCUCCGCCGCGUAGUACAAACUCCCCAAGCAUCGUCGUCGCGCCUUCCAUGCACGCGCUUGACCCCCCGUCCACGAGAUCACCAGUAUAGCAGCCGGACCCAUGACCGCAAUUAUUGCGAGGAAUCCUCUGCAAUCGCUACCUACGGCAAUGAAUCGUCCUACUACGCGACGGAGAAGUCAACAGAACGCUUUUGGAGAUGACGAUGCGCCCGCUGCGAAGAGACCGAGAACAGAGGUGAAUGGGGCAGGGAGGAAAACAAAUGGAGCAGCGAAGCCCAGCGCAAAGGCCGCGUAUAAUGAAAAUGCCGACGGUUUCCAGUUCACCCGCCGUACGUCUCGGAGGACAACAAGGUCGCAGCACGCAACCGAACCCAUACCCGAAGAGCCUGCGAAACCCGCUCCUGCGCCAGCGCGUCGGAAGAAAUCGCUCGACGCACCAGAGCCUCCGGAAUCAGGACCGCAGAAGAGACGGCGAUCCGCGCGGUUAUCGGGGGAUAGUGAGAAUUUAGAGCCGACAAAGCCAGUGGCAAAAGUUGCGAAGAAGAGCGCACCACCAGAAAGGAGAAGGAAGGAGGUCACGCCUGGUGUUGCGCAAAGGGAGACAAGUUCGGCGCCGGUGGUUCAAACUCCCAAGCACGGGGAUUUGCAUGUUGCCAAGAAGCGCAAUGGUGGUGGGACAAAGGUGAUGCUCCCUUUUGCGGAUACGCCAGUUAUUGCGCGGAAUAAAGAAAUGCGGAAAGCCAGCCAGGAGGGACAUCGUAGGAGCAGUACAGGGUUGCGAGGGAGAAGAGCAAGUUCCUUGAUUGAUAGUGGCCUGUCGAUAGCACUACCUCAUUCCGAUGUCGAAAUCGGCGAUUUCUACAAGUAUAUUGAGGAUGGUCUCAUGGAGCAGCGCCGAAUGGCCCAGUUGUUGAGUUGGUGUAGCUCAAGAGCACUGUUGGAGAAGCCAUCAGGCGAUGUGAAGGAUGGAAAUGCCAUCAUGGCAGCACGAGCAAUGCAAGAAGAACUAAUAAACGAGUUCGGAAGCAAGCCAGAACUUUCCAAUUGGUUCGACAGGGAGGAAACCGUGCCAACAACUGUGGUAAAGAAGUCGAACCCAGUUAAUGAAAGGAACCAGGCUACAUUGAAGGAGCUGGAAGACGAAGUGCAGCGGCUUGAGGAGGAAUUAGCGGCAUGGGAAGCAAUUGCUUCAUCAUCAUCGCAACCGCCCCCACCCGCUCCUUCGAUACCCACGCCAUUCCCAACCCUCUCAGACAUCGAUGUCUCUCUUCUAGACCCCUCACAAGCCGCUAUACUCUCCGCAUUACAAUCGCAAUCCCUACCCAAGCCGUCUGAACCCGCACAACCACCGUCUGGUCCCUUCACAUUCACGACUCCUGAAGCCUUAGGAACCCAUCUCUCCCAGCUUUCCCUAUCCCUGGAACCGAACAUCGACCUCCUUGCAGACGGUUUGCAUAAGGUUGAGCAGUACAGAAUCACAGCAGAACGUGUCGCAGACCGCGUACUCGGAACCGCAGCACAACGGCUCGAAGAGAGGGACAAGCAAGGCAAGGAGAUGGCGGGAAGUGAAGGCAUUGGCAUAGGCGACGUGCUCAAGGGCCUUGCAGGAGUUCUUAAUGAAUGAAUAGUCCCCUCGGAGGCGAAUCAUAAUGGAUCCAUCUUUUGGCAAACGUUAUGCCACGCGGCUAGACCGGUGUCUUCUUCUUCUACGAAUCAGAAUGAUAUAUGUGGAGUACUCCUUUGUUUUUCCUUCUACCCCUUGGGCCAGCUUCUGAUUUCGGUAUCUCGGGGUUGUGUGGCAUUGGCGCGGCAUC